UACUGUAGGCACAGAUCACAGCCAUGUGAUGCGCGGGGUGUGACUCAAACUUGCGUGGCCCGUGACAUUGUCUGGAAACUGACCAAAGGGGCUUCGCAGCAUUUUUCAUUCCUGUAAAUGUCUGAGGCACCGCGCUGAACAGGUCUGGAAUGUCAUUAUGGAGCAGAACAGCCUUCAAGAUCAGAAUCAAAAUUACACAGUGCCGAGGAACAUGUUAGGAUAUGGAUUCUAUUCAUUGAUGUCAAACUUCCUCAUCGAGAAAAAGAUUGGCCGUGGUCAGUUUAGUGAGGUUUAUAAAGCCACUUGUCUACUGGACAACCAGCAAGUGGCACUAAAAAAAGUACAGUUCUUUGAAAUGAUGGAUGCUAAAGCCCGGCAGGACUGCAUUAAAGAGAUUGACUUGUUAAAGCAACUGAACCAUCCAAACGUCAUUAAGUAUUUGGACUCGUUCAUAGAAGGAAACGAGCUGAAUAUUGUUCUGGAGUUAGCAGGCGCUGGUGACCUUUCCCAGAUGAUUAAGUAUUUUAAGAAGAAGCGGAGGUUGAUUCCUGAACGAGCGAUAUGGAAGUAUUUUGUGCAGCUGUGCAGCGCGCUGGAACACAUGCACUCACGCAGAGUCAUGCAUCGAGAUAUAAAACCAGCCAACGUCUUCAUCACAGCUACUGGAGAGGUCAAACUUGGUGACCUUGGACUUGGUCGAUUCUUUAGCUCCAAAACCACUGCUGCGCACUCUCUUGUUGGAACUCCAUAUUACAUGUCUCCCGAGAGGAUUCAUGAAAACGGCUACAACUUCAAAUCAGACAUCUGGUCCUUGGGUUGCUUGCUGUAUGAGAUGGCAGCUCUGCAGAGCCCCUUCUACAGCGACAAGAUGAACCUGCUCUCAUUGUGCCACAAGAUCGAACAGUGCGAUUACCCUCCUCUGCCUUCAGAGCACUACUCACAGAAGCUCAGAGAUCUGGUCAGUAUGUGCAUCAACCCAGAUCCUGACCAGCGGCCCGACAUCAGCUUCGUCCUGCAGUUCGCCAAACAGAUGCACCUGUGGACGUCCAGCACCUGAUACACAUACAAACACACACACACCUGCAGCAAUGAGGAGAACCAUUGUGAAGUCUCAGUCCAACUGAUCAAGCUAUAGAAAGAUCUAGAAUUGAGUAAGGAGAGAAUGCCAACAGUGUCUAUGCUGUUUUAAGCUGAGCGUUUCUCUAGAUUUGUAUUGAAAGGAUUACCAAUAUAUUCUGUUGUGCCUUCAAAUGAUGUUUCACAGUGCUGUAUGUUGAUUGGUUUAGAGAAAGUUGGUUUGGUCAGGUGACCAUUGCCUCAUGUUGAUGAUGUCAAAGCAAGAUGGUUCCAUUUAUACAUGCUUUUACCGUAGGCUUAUAUUCAUAACAGCAUUUAAAGAGCCUUACAUUUCAUUACUUAUCUCUCUGUUUCUGAUACACACACACACAUACAAUUGUUGAGUGUUUUGUGAGGAAACACUUGUGUUGGAUGGUGGGUUCAGCAGUUUUGUCCUCUGGUCAAAUAUCUACCAAAAGAAAGUAUUCAUUGUAUCCGAAGAGAUGUUAUUUUUAAGGAAUUAUGAAGCAAUUGCUCAUGUUUAAAUGUGUAAUUAACUAUAAAAUGUAACUGGAAAUAUUGA